AUGCAGUCCUUUCGGGAGCAAAGCAGUUACCACGGAAACCAGCAGAGCUACCCCCAGGAGGUGCACGCUUCAUCCCGGCUGGAAGAGUUCAGUCCUCGGCAGCAGGCCCAGAUGUUCCAGAACUUUGCGGGAGGAGGAGGGGCCGGUAGCAGCGGCGGGGGCGGUAGCGCCGGUGGUGGACGUCGUGGAGCGACUGCAGCCGCGGCGGCCAUGGCCGCAGAGGGCUCCGGCCACCAGAGCUACCAGAGUUUCAGGAAAGAAGCUGGAGAGUUUUACUAUAUGGCUGCCAACAAAGACCCUGUGACCCCAGGCGGCCAGCAGCCCCCCCAGCGCAGGCCCUCGGGGCCAGUGCAGAGCUAUGGACCGCCCCAAGGGAGCAGCUUUGGGAGCCAGUAUGGGGGUGAGGGGCACGUGGGCCAGUUUCAGGCCCAGCACUCUGCUCUUGGUGGGGUGUCUCAUUACCAGCAGGAUUAUAGUGGCCCCUUCUCUCCGGGAAGCACUCAGUACCAGCAGCAGGCUUCCAGCCAGCAGCAGCAGGUACAGCAACUGAGGCAGCAGCUUUAUCAGUCCCAUCAGCCCCUGCCACAGGCAUCAGGCCAGCCAGCCUCCAGUUCUUCCCACCUCCAGCCCAUGCAGCGGCCGUCCGCCCUGCCCUCCUCCAGUGCCGGCUACCAGCUCCGAGUAGGCCAGUUCAGCCAACACUACCAGUCCUCUGCGGCUGCCUCGUCCUCCUCUUUCCCCUCCCCUCAGCGCUUUAGCCAGUCUGGACAGAACUACGACAGCAGCUACAACGUGAAUGCCAGCUCCCAGUAUGAAGGGCACACUGUGGGUUCCAGUGCCCAGGCUUACGGGACACAAUCGAAUUACAAUUACCAGACUCCGUCGAUGAAAAACUUUGAGCAGUCCAAGCUUCCCCAAGGAGGCCAGCAGCAGCAGCAGCAGCAGCAGCAGCAGCAGCAGCAGCAGCAGCAGCAGCAGCAGCAGCAGCACCCUCCCCCCCAACACACAAUGCCCUAUGGAAGCACGGCCCCCAAACUCUCCCUGCAGAGCCAGGUGGGGCAGUACAGCCAGCCCGAAGUCCCGGUCAGGUCGCCCAUGCAGUUCCACCAGAACUUCAGCCCCAUCUCUAACCCGUCCCCCGCCGCGUCUGUGGUUCAGUCUCCGAGCUGCAGCUCCACCCCCUCUCCUCUGAUGCAGAGCGGAGAGAACCUCCAGUGCGGGCAGGCCAACAUGCCCAUGGGCUCCCGAAACCGGAUUCUGCAAAUGAUGCCCCAGCUCAGCCCCACGCCAUCCAUGAUGCCCAGCCCUAACUCUCACAGCACAGGUUUCAAAGGGUUUGGAGUGGAAGGGAUGCCCGAAAAGCGACUCACAGACCCCGGCCUGAGCAGCCUGAGCGCCCUGAGCACUCAGGUGGCCAACCUGCCCAAUACGGUUCAGCACAUGCUACUGUCCGAUGCUCUGGCCCCCCAGAAGAAAAACUCCAAGAGAUCAUCGUCCUCAUCCAAGAAAGCCGACAGCUGCACCAACUCGGAAGGCUCUUCUCAGCCCGAGGAACAGCUGAAAUCCCCGAUGGCCGAAUCUCUGGAUGGAGGCUGCUCUAGUAGUUCUGAGGACCCUGGGGAGAGGGUAAGGCAGCUGAGUGGUCAGAGCACCAGCUCUGACACCACCUACAAGGGUGGCCCCUUGGAGAAAGCCAACCCCUCACCCCCACAAAGCUCUCAGAAUGAUCCCCCCAAACUCAGUGCCAGUCCCACAGUAAGGGAUGAUGCCAUCUCGCCAGAUGAGAAAGACACUUUGUCAUCCACAGACGCCAACCUAAAAGUCAACGAGAAGACCAUAGGGGUGAUCGUUUCCCGGGAAGCCAUGUCGGGUCGAGGAGAAAAGACAGGUGGACAAGAGAAAGGCUCCCAAGACGAAGAUCCUGCUGUCCCCCAAGCACCGCCAAGCACUGGUGGGGCAAAAGAGCCUGGCCAUGGAGCCCCACCACAGCCAGAGCCCCAAGGAGGAAUCAAAGGGAACAAGAGCGGAGAUGGAAACACCAACCACAAUGGAGAAGGAAAUGGCCAGACGGGGCAUUCUCUCGGCUCUGGGUUCACCAACAGAACGGAACCGAGCAAAUCUCCUGGAAGCCUGCGAUAUAGCUACAAAGACAGCUUGGGAUCUGCCAUGCAGAGGAAUGCUGGUGGCUUUCCUCAAUAUCCUUCAGGGCAGGAGAAGGGGGACUACUCUGGCCAUGGGGAGCAACGAAAGGGUCGAAAUGAAAAAUUUCCCAGCCUCCUACAAGAAGUCCUUCAGGGUUACCACCACCAUCCUGAUAGGAGGUAUUCUAGGAAUGCCCAGGACCAUCAAGGAAUGGCUGGAGGCCUUGAGGGAGCCAUGAGGCCCAAUGUCUUAAUCAGUCAGACAAAUGAAUUAGCUAGCCGGGGUCUCCUAAAUAAAAGCAUUGGGUCUCUCUUGGAAAACCCCCACUGGGGCCCCUGGGACAGGAAAUCAAGCAGCUCAGCCCCUGACAUGAAACAGAUCAAUCUAGCUGACUAUCCAAUCCCCAGAAAAUUUGAAAUGGAAUCUCAGGCAUCAGGCCACGAACCAGGGGGAGGCCUUUCCGAAAGGAGGUCGGUGAUCUGUGACAUUUCCCCACUACGGCAGCUGGUCAGAGACCCGGGGGCCCAUACGCUGGGACACAUGGGUGCCGACGGCAGGAUGGGAAGGAAUGAACGCCUCAACCCAAGUCUGAGCCAGUCAGUCAUUCUUCCAGGUGGUCUGGUGUCCAUGGAAACUAAACUGAAAUCUCAGAGUGGGCAAAUAAAGGAGGAAGAUUUCGAACAGUCCAAAUCCCAAGCCAGCAUCAACAGUAAGAAAUCUGGUGAUCAUUGCCAUUCCACUGGCAUCAAGCAUGAAUCCUACCGCGGUAAUGCCAGUCCAGGAGCUGCAGCCCAUGACCCUCUCUCUGAGUAUGGCUCCCCACAGGACAGCAGGCCCACCCAAAUGAGGCGAGUGCCUGGGAGAAUGGGAGGCAGGGAAGGCAUGAGGGGCCGCUCGCCUUCUCAGUACCACGAUCUGACAGAGAAACUGAAGAUGUCUCCUGGCCGAAGUCGAGGGCCCGGGGGAGAUCCUCACCACAUGAACCCUCAUAUGGCAUUUGAGAGGGCUAACAGGAGUUCUUUGCAUGCUCCCUUCUCCCCCAGCUCUGAAAGUCUGGCUUCUACCUAUCACACAAAUACGAGACCUCAUGCUUAUGGGGACCCUAACCCAGGUUUGAACUCUCAGCUCCAUUACAAAAGGCAGCUAUACCAGCAGCAAGAGGACUACAAAGACUGGAGUGGCAGCUCUGCUCAGGGGGUGAUCGCUGCCGCUCAGCACAGACCUGAGGGACCAAGGAAGAGCCCAAGGCAGCAGCAAUUCCUUGACAGAGUGAGGAGCCCUCUGAAAAAUGACAAGGAUGGCAUGAUGUAUGGCCCACCCAGUUCCUACCAUGAUCCUGGGAAUCCAGAAUCUGGCCGGUGCGUCAUGGCAAACGAUGGACUUCCCUCUAACAAGGGUAUCGAUUUGAAGCAUAGCGCCCAGAAACUCCAGCAGGAAUCUUGUUGGGAUCUUUCCCGGCAGACCUCUCCAGCCAAGAGCAGUGGCCCUUCAGGAAUGUCCAGCCAAAAACGGUAUGGUCCUCCCCAUGAGGCAGAUGGCCACGGGCUCACUGAGUCUGCACAGUCAUCCAAAUCUGGUAAUGUCAUGCUCAGACUCCCGGGGCAAGAGGAUCAGUCUCCCCAAAACCCUUUAAUUAUGAGAAGGCGAGUUCGCUCCUUUAUCUCUCCCAUUCCCAGUAAAAGGCAGUCCCAGGAUGUAAAGAACAGUGGCACUGAAGAUAAAGGGCGAUUGCUUCCUCCCUCAAAAGAAGGCACUGAUAAAGCCUUCAAUUCCUAUGCCCACAUGGCUCAUAAUCAGGAUGUUAAAUCUGUCCCCAAAAGAGAGUCCUCCAAGGAUCUUGUGAGUCCUGACAGUAGAAGCUGCCCCGCCGUUAGCCUCACGAGCCCAACCAAGACCAAAAUCCUUCCUCCCCGAAAGGGACGGGGGCUGAAGCUGGAAGCGAUUGUUCAGAAGAUUACCUCCCCAAAUAUCAGGAGGAGUGCCCCCUCCAACAGUGCUGAAGCUGGAGGAGAUACAGUUACCCUCGACGACAUCUUGGCCUUGAAGAGUGGUCCACCGGAAGGCGGGAGCACUGCUAGCCAUGAAGCUGACAUGGCGGAGAAGAGAAAAGGAGAGGCGACUGUGUCUGACUUGGGUGGCCCGGUGAGCCAGGAUUUGAACAAUGAAGCCUCUCUCCCUCGCUCCUCUGAAGACUGGCGUGGGAGUGGGGAUGACAAAGUGAAGAAGGAGACCCUUCCAGAACCUGGAACUGCUGGGAAAGAUGCCCCAGGAGCUAUGGCCCCCCCAACCUCCCAGAAGCCCAUGGGGAGCCAAGGAAGACCAGAUGGGGCUUUGGCUGGAAGUGGGCCUUUAAGCUUCCCCGACUCCAAGAGCGUCUCCCCCGCAGGCGUCUCGGCUCCAGAACCAAAUGCCAAGUCUGAGGAGAAAGAGGGAGAGGCAAUAACUGUUUCACCUAAACAAGAGUGUUUCCCACCAAAAGGCUACUUCCCUUCAGGAAAGAAAAAGGGGAGACCCAUUGGAAGUGUGAAUAAACAAAAGAAACAGCAGCCCCCACCUCCACCACCGCCACCAACACAGGUCCCUGAAGGCUCUGGGGAUGGAGAACCCAAGCCCAAAAAACAGAGGCAAAGGAGGGAGAGGAGAAAACCUGGGGCCCAGCCCCGAAAACGUAAGACCAAGCAAGCUGUUCCGAUCAUCGAGCCCCAGGAACCUGAGAUCAAAUUAAAAUAUGCCACCCAGCCACUGGACAAAAGUGACGCCAAGAAUAAAUCCUUCUUCCCUUACAUUCACGUAGUGAACAAGUGUGAGAUCGGGGCAGUUUGCACAAUUAUCAAUGCUGAGGAGGAAGAGCAGAGCAAGCUGGUGAAAGGAAGGAAGGGCCAGAGGUCGCUGACCCCUCCCCCCAGCAGUGUGGAGAGCAAGGUGCUGCCCACAUCUUCCUUCGUCCUGCAGGGCCCCGUGGUAACCGAGUCCUCGGUCUUGGGGCACCUGGUCUGCUGCCUCUGUGGCAAGUGGGCCAGCUAUCGGAAUAUGGGUGACCUCUUUGGUCCCUUUUAUCCUCAAGAUUAUGUAGCCACUCUCCCCAAGAAUCCACCUCCCAAGAGAGCCACAGAGAUGCAGAACAAGGUGAAGGUACGGCACAAAAGUGCUCCCAAUGGCUGUGCCAAGACAGACACGGAGGAGGAAGAGGAGGAGGAGGAAGAGGAGGAGGAGGAGGAGGAAGAACAGCAGCAGCAGCAGCAGCAGCAGCAGCAACAGCAGCAGCCGCCCCCAGCACCCUCACAGCCGAAGGAGCAGAAGGAGCAACGAAGCCUGGCUGCCCACCCCAGGUUUAAGAGGCGACACCGUUCUGAGGACUGCAGUGGGACCCCUCGGUCCCUUUCCCGGGGGAUCCCUUGUAAAAAGGCUAUCAUUGAGAGCGGCGGCGGCGGCGGCAGCAGCAGUGGCAGUGAAAAGACUCCUUCAGACUCAAAGCCUGCUGGGCCUGUGUCAGAAGGCACUGGCCCCGAGCUGGAGCUACACAUUCCUGAGCUACCUCUAGACAGUAAUGAACUUUGGGUCCACGAGGGCUGUGUUCUCUGGGCCAACGGCAUCUACCUGGUCUGUGGCAGGCUCUACGGGCUGCAGGAAGCCUUGGAAAUAGCUAGAGAAAUGAAAUGUUCCCACUGCCAGGAGCCAGGCGCCACCUUGGGCUGCUACAACAAAGGCUGCUCCUUCCGGUACCAUUACCCGUGUGCCAUCGAUGCAGAUUGUUUACUAAAUGAAGAGAACUUCUCAGUGAGGUGCCCCAAGCACAAGCCUCCCCUGCCCUGCUCUCUCCCCCCCUUGCAGAACAAGACGGUGAAAGGCAGCCUCAGCACAGAGCAGUCGGAGCGGGGGUGAGGGGGGCACAGUGCCCGUGGGAAUGGAAAUUAAAGAAGCACAGGUUCGGCUGUUGAGAUGAGAAGGUGGUGGACGCUCGUGACGGAAUGGCAUCUGUCCCACUGUGCAGCCACGACCCACCCCCACCCCACCCCCGAUGUGCCUGCCAACGCCAGCAGCCCCUUCAUCAAUCCGUACAUCCCACUUGACUGGUGACGCCACAGGAAAUGCCCGAGGAGUCCGAAUGGCUGUUUCCAUGGACGCAGUCUUCAUAGUGACAA